AUGAUUAAGAUUCUCCACAAACACCCAUAUCGUAUCCAACCAAAUCAACAGCCCACAAAACAAUUGUUCAAAAUGAUCGACUUCGAAUUGUCUGACACGCAGACCAGAGUCCGAGAACAUGCGCACUCUUUCGCUACAAAGCAUCUCGAAACUGCCCACACCGUGUAUACGAAUCUACUGACUCCUCAAGCGAGGUUCUCUGCUAUCAGACCCCUCUACGAAGAUCUCAUCAAGGCGGGGUUAAUUCAAGCACAGGUGCCAGCUGAAUACAAUGGUCUGGGAUACGGCCUCGUCGACAUGGCACUCUUAACCGAGGAACUGUAUAGUGCUGACGCCAACGUGGCGUUGACUAUCCUGGCGACCGGACUUGGUCUAUCCCCGCUGCUUAUUGGGGGGACAGAUGCGCAGACAAAAAGAUAUUUGAGUCCGUUUACUGACGGAAAGGGGGGUACCGUUGGCAAGCUUGGUACAUUCUGA